CACACUCACCUCCUCAUCUCAUAACCUCACCAAAGCAAGCAAUCUCUCCCAUUCCUAAAAACAGCAAUGGUAGUCCAUUCCAAACCCGCAAUCGAACAGCUAUCCAAUGCCAACACCUGCGCCGCAUUGCUCCCCGGCAUCCCCCUCAUCGACCUCUCCAAACCCGACCCCAAAUCCCACCUCGUCCGCGCCUGCCAGGACUUCGGCUUCUUCAAAGUCACCAACCACGGCGUCCCCGCCCCCCUCAUCCGCGCCCUCGAGUCCGAAGCCCUCCGCUUCUUCUCCCUCCCCCACUCCGUCAAGUCCCAGGCCGGCCCCCCCGACCCCUUCGGCUACGGCGACAAAAAAAUCGGCCCCAACGGCGACGUCGGCUGGCUCGAAUACCUCCUCCUCACCACCAACUCCCACUCCGAUUACCACAAAUUCUCCUCCAUCUUCGGCCACGCCGCCGACAAUUUCCGGUGUCUGGUGAACGAGUACAUCGCGGCGGUGAAGAAGAUGGCGUGCGAGAUUCUGGAAAUGCUGGCGGAGGGGCUGAGGAUUGACGACAGAGAAGCCUUCAGCAAGCUGCUGAUGGAUGAGCAGAGCGACUCUGUUUUUCGGGUUAAUCACUACCCUCCGUGCCCGGACUUCCCCGAAUCCAACGGUCGUAAUCUGAUUGGAUUCGGGGAGCAUACGGACCCGCAGAUCAUCUCCGUUUUGCGAUCGAACAACAUCUCCGGCCUGCAAAUCUCGCUCAAGGACGGCCGGUGGAUUCCGGUGCCGGCCGACCAGAGCUCCUUCUUCAUUAAUGUGGGCGACUCAUUGCAGGUGAUGACUAACGGGAGAUUUAAGAGCGUAAAGCACAGAGUGGUGGCCAACGGUUCAAAAUCGAGGCUAUCAAUGAUUUAUUUCGGAGGACCACCAUUGAGUAAAACGAUUGCUCCAUUAGCAUCACUGAUGCAGGAUGAAGAAGACAGCUUGUAUAAGGAAUUUACAUGGUUUGAAUACAAGAAAUCAGCUUAUAAGUCCAAAUUGGCCGAUAAUAGGUUAGGCCUCUUUGAGAAGAUUGCAGCCUCAUAAUCUCGACUAAACUAUAAUAGUAGUUCAAUGUAGUCGUCUCUCGUGCUUCGUUUUGCCAGGACUGGCGCGACGAAAUACGAGGGUUAUAUGUAAUAGGAUUAGGCCAGAAUGACGAAACUUGUAAUUUUUUCGUUUUGGUUUUUAUACAUCGUGUAAAUGUUCUUGUCAAUUAAUACAAGGAUUGAAUUAUUAGUA